UGAUUUUGCAUUUCCGGGAAGAGAACUGUAAGUAAACAAUACAGAUCUCUCCCCUGUCAGCUCCUGCACACUGCUAUGCAUGGUUUUGCUUAGCAGAGCCAUACAAAGCAGUGUGCUUACAGUGAAACACACACACACAUGCACACAGAACACAAUAAAAACAGCACACAGUUAACCCUUUGAUCACCCCACAUGUUAACCCUUUCAUGCCCAGUGCCUUUAGUACAGUGUCAGUGCUUUCUGUUAGCACUGAUCAUUGUAUCGGUGUCACUGGGUAUGUCAGUGACACCAAGUCAGUUCCCCCCAGUGUCAGAAUGCCCGCCGCAGUCCCACUAU